CUGCUCUGGGCGAUUGCGAGGACCGCGGUUUUAGCAGUUCGCCUUUCGGCCCAAACAGGGUCGCUAUGGGUCGGAACCAACUCCACGGCACCUAACAACAAUGACAGACCCUGAACACUACAGAAUCACAUGCUUUAAAUGAUAUCAUGUUCCCCCGUGUCCUUCGAGUCCUUCCUGCUGCAGAAAGGCCCCCCCUGAGCUUGGGUACACAUGAACCUUGCACACGCGACUGCAUUGCAGCCUCGAAGGCAGGACAGACCCCUGCGAGCGUAAAUUACAGAUCUGCGUCCCAGCUCCCCUUCUCCCCGGCAGGCUCCUCCACUUGCAGCAUGCGGAGUCGCCACGUCUGAAGGCAAAACUAAGGCUGCAGUGACAGUUCUUGCGUCGCCAUAAGAAUAAAAGUAAACGCUAACGUUUCCUGUACUUAUACCACCUCUCAAUCGGCACUCUCAAAACAUUUUGCACGGCCUCAAUAGGACCUCAUCUUCUCUUGGGAGAGGGUCUAGACCUCUGACCGACUCCGAUCUCGAGGGUGGAGUGUGACGGGUGCUUAAAGACCCACACCCGUACGGAUUCCCGAGACCAGCAUUGGCUGGCAGCAGGUGCCGACCCUGGUUUCCCUCAGGAGGGAGCACUGGCAGUUACUGGGUAAUUUGAAAACUACGGUUGAAGGUUUGGUGUCAACCAACAGCCCCAACGUCUGGUCCAAGUAUGGUGGUCUGGAGCGGCUUUGCAGGGACAUGCAAAGUAUCCUCUAUCAUGGGCUCAUCCACGACCAGGUGUGUUGCGGCCAGACAGAUUACUGGCAGUUUGUGAAAGACAUUCGGUGGCUCAGUCCCCACUCAGCCCUGCAUGUGGAGAAGUUCAUCAGCUUGCAUGAGAACAGCCAGAGCAGCACUGACGACGUGAGUGAGCGUGCCAUCGCAGAGCUGUGGCUGCAGCACAGCUUGCGGUGCCACUGUCUCUCAGCCCAGCUCCGGCCUCUGCUCGGGGAUAGACAGUACAUCAGAAAGUUCUACACAGAUACUGCUUUCCUGCUAAGUGACGCUCAUGUCACGGCCAUGCUCCAGUGCCUGGAAGCAGUGGAACAGAACAACCCCCGCCUCCUGGCUCAGAUCGAUGCAUCUAUGUUUGCCAGGAAGCAUGAGAGCCCACUGUUGGUGACAAAGAGCCAGAGCCUGACAGCACUGCCUGGUUCCACAUAUACCCCUCCAACCAGUUACACUCAGCAUUCCUACUUUGGGUCAUUCUCUAGCCUCCACCAAUCCAUGCUCAACCAUGAGAGAAAAUCUUCAUUUUCACUCUCUGGCCCUUCCCGGAAACCUCAAGAAAACAGAGGACACGUCUCACUGGCAGAGGAUCAACCCGUUCAAGCCUCUCUGCUUUCAAUCUCUGCGUUAGCCAGGGAUUCUCCCAUAUCCCCAAAUGAGAUGAGCUCCAGCACUCUGACCAGCCCCGUAGAGGCAUCCUGGGUCAGCAGCCAGAAUGAAUCCCCAAGUGAUGCCAGUGAGGGGCCCGAGUACCUGGCCAUCGGCAACCAGGACCCCCGAAGCCGGACCGCCAGCUGUCAGAGUCAAAGCAGCAACACUGAGAGCAGUGGCUUCAAUUUGUUCUCCUCCAGCAGCUCCCAGAAGCCAGAUUCUGCUGCUUCCUCUCUGGGGGACCAGGAGGGAGAUGGGCAGAGUCAGCUGUCUAGUGUCCUUCGCAGGUCCAGCUACUCAGAGGGGCAGACCCUCACGGUCACCAGUGGAACAAAAAAGAACCACACUCGCUCUCAUUCAGAUACCAACAUUAUCUCCAGCGGAGCCGCAGAGUCCUGCAAUGAUAAGUCGAAGUUAAGAGGCUCCGUGCCCUACUCUGGCCAAAGCAGUGAAGCCAGCACACCCAGCUCUCUGUACAUGGAGUAUGAAGGUGGUCAGUAUCUGUGCUCAGGGGAAGGCAUGUUCCGCCAGCCAUCAGAAGGGCAGUCCCUCAUCAGCUACCUCUCUGAGCAGGACUUUGGCAGCUGUGCAGACCUGGAAAAGGAGAAUGCCCACUUCAGCAUCUCAGAGUCCUUGAUUGCCGCCAUUGAGCUAAUGAAGUGCAACAUGAUGAGCCAGUGCCUGCAAGAAGAGGAAGAGGAGGAGGAAGACAGCGAUAGAGAGAUCCAGGAACUGAAACAGAAGAUUCGCCUUCGUCGCCAGCAGAUCCGCACGAAGAACCUGUUCCCUGGGUACCAGGAGGCUGAACAUGGAAGCUUUUGGGUCACUUCCAGCAGCUCGCAGUUCAGUUCACGUGAUUCAACACAGUUCUCUGACUCUGGCUCUGCUGAUGAGGUUGACGAAUUAGAAAUCCAAGAUGCUGACAUCAGAAGGAACACAGCCUCAAACAGCAAGCCCUGCAUGUCCUCCCAGUCCUUGUCCCACUGCUUCCUGCACUCCACGUCUGCUGAGGCAGUGGCUAUGGGACUCCUGAAGCAGUUUGAAGGAAUGCAGCUCCCAGCCGCCUCGGAGCUAGAGUGGCUGGUCCCAGAGCACGAUGCCCCUCAAAAGCUCCUGCCCAUCCCUGACUCACUGCCCAUCUCUCCAGAUGAUGGGCAGCAUGCUGACAUCUACAAGCUGCGGAUUCGUGUUCGUGGGAACCUAGAGUGGGCCCCGCCCCGGCCUCAGAUAAUUUUCAAUGUCCAUCCAGCUCCAGCAAGGAAAAUUGCUGUGGCCAAACAGAACUACCGCUGCGCGGGAUGCGGCAUCCGGACUGACCCUGAUUAUAUCAAGCGGCUGCGAUACUGUGAGUACCUGGGCAAGUACUUCUGUCAGUGUUGCCAUGAGAAUGCCCAGAUGAUCAUCCCCAGCCGGGUUCUGCGAAAGUGGGACUUCAGCAAGUACUAUGUCAGCAAUUUCUCCAAGGACCUGCUCAGCAAGAUCUGGAACGACCCUCUCUUCAAUGUGCAGGACAUCAACAGUGCCCUCUACAGGAAGGUUAAGCUGCUCAAUCAAGUCAGGCUGCUGCGGGUCCAGCUGUAUCACAUGAAGAACAUGUUCAAGACAUGUCGACUGGCCAAAGAGCUUCUGGAUUCCUUUGACACAGUUCCAGGCCACCUAACAGAGGAUCUUCACCUGUACUCCUUGAAUGACCUGGCUGCAACCAGGAAGGGGGAGCUGGGGCCUCGGCUUGCUGAGCUCACCAGGGCAGGGGCCACCCACGUAAAUCGAUGCAUGCUCUGCCAAGCCAAGGGCUUCAUCUGUGAGUUCUGUCAGAAUGAGGAUGAUAUCAUCUUUCCUUUUGAGCUCCAUAAGUGCCGGACCUGUGAAGAAUGUAAAGCAUGUUACCAUAAAGCUUGCUUCAAGUCUGGAAGCUGUCCCCGGUGUGAGCGGCUACAGGCCCGGCGGGAGUUGUUGGCCAAGCAGAGCCUGGAAUCCUACCUGUCAGACUAUGAGGAGGAGCCCACUGAAGCCUUGGCCCUAGAAGCCACCAGCUUGGAGACCACCUGAAGAAAGUACAUUAAGCUCUCUACCUAAGGACUAGAGUCAUACAUAAUGCGGAACUGAGCCACCCUUUUAGGACUUUUCCCGUUUGGGGCUUUUUUUUUUUUUAAUAUUAUUUUCUUUUUAUGACCUGUCUGACAUCCAUGUGUAGACAUCCUGUCUGGCCUUUGUUAGUUGGUGGGGUCCAGUCUGUUGUGACAGAUAAUUUCUGGCACCGGGUUUUUCCAUCAAAGCUGACACAUAGGUCCCUAAAUGAAGCUUCUAGUGCCUCCGUCAGAGGAACGGACAGCCAGACCCGGUUCUUCUGGCACCCCUGGCCUUUUCCACUAGGACCAGAUCUAGUCUCAGCUGACCACAAGUGUCAUUUCCAAUUUUUUUUUUCCUUUAAUGUUGUAGCUUCUGAGCCAGGCCUGUCUCAACCAACUCACUUCUCCUUUGCUGCUGAAAUGGGGAUGAAAUCUUUUUCUCUCCCAAAUCCUGGAAUAGGGUCAGACUGUGCCCUGAGGAGAAAUAGAGAACAGGACUUUGUCAUGGGCAUUCUGUCCAGCUUAUUUAUGUCUUUUUGGGGCCAGCAAAACAGCACCAAUACUACCCUGGGACCUUUAGAGACUUCAGUGAGGCAGUCAGGACUGAGGUGCCACAAGCUUUCUUUAUCUACCCUGGUGGGCUUGGCACAAAGGACAGAACUGAUGCUUCGGCCAGGCCCGCUUGUAGCCUCAACACCAGGCAUAAAUAAGGCUACAGCUUUGUUGCUUAAAGAACGUUCAACCAGAGGAGCUAGUGGCUCCCUUUUAGGUGUAAGGUUCCUUUUAGUCAGCCUAGCUCUUUCAAGCUCAGGCAAUUUCCUGAUGCCAUCCCAAGUUGAGGACAGAAACCCCAUGCACCAUCUUAUUAGUGAGUCCCCUACUGCUCUGUCCUCUGUUAGAUGGUCAUUGUGGUUCUUAGGAAAAAUAUGGCCCAACUCCAUUCCCUUUCCCCUUCCUGCAGCACAGCUGGGACCCUCCCUGGUGGUGGAUCUCUUGCCUUAGUCUCUUUUGUCAAAAUUGGGGGAAAUGCUUCCUGUUAGUCGUGGUGUUAUAGAAUUUGACCAUUUGUGGAUGUGAGUGUGAAUGUUCCUGCGUUCUUGAGAUAACAAGAGCCUUUAUGCCAAUUAUGCACUUAACUCUUUACCUAGCCUUGUGAUAACUUGUAUAUUCAGUCAUCCUUUUCAUAUUACUAAUUUUAACCCUCCUUCCCUUUUUAAAUGUGUUCCAAUGGGGAAGAUUUGUCGAUGGGACCUUGUAUAUGUCUGUAGUGGUCUUUAUGUUGCUUUAGCUUCUAACUUCUAGGGGAAACACUGGGCAGGGUUGUUGCUCCGAGGGCUUGCAGCUCUGUGAACUAAGGCCCAUAGUGUUUUUGUUCUGAGACUAGACUCUUCCUGUGUAGCUGUCUUCUCAUAGUUAGUUGCUAGUAGAAAACACGUGGCUUGUGCACUUACCCAGGAAGCUGAACAGAAAGUUGCACAUGGUUGGUGGAAGCUGAUAAGGACGGAGCUGGAGUUACAAGGAGUAUCACAAGGAAGGAGAAGGGGCAUCAAGGUAAUGGCCAGAGCUGAGGCUCCACCAGGAAGAAGCAAUGUGUCAGAGUUGGCCUGUGGUGUGGUUCCUGUCUUAAACUUGGGAUCUAAAGGCUACAUCAAGCUGGAAGGCCCGGAGACUGUAAAAGCCAAGGCCUUCAGCCCAGCCCAGUCUUCUAAGAGCUUACUGGAAGGUCCCUUGCCCUUCAAGGAGCUGUGGGAAUAACCCCACAAAACUCAAGUCUCAUUUGAGGGUUAGGCCCCAGAUUCAGGCUUAUAAAAAAUGGUGGGCUGUACAUCCAGCUCCUUACUCCAAGUCACUGCACUGGAGGAGAGAUGUACUCUGUUGUUGUCCUGCCUCUUUCGUAUUAGCACUGGAUUGGAGGAUGGAAGACGCUGACAGCUUCUGAAGCUGAGCCCAGCAGUCCUGCCAGCUCCUGGUUUUUCCCUUCCUUUUCUCCACCUCCCCAACUCCAUCCUUAUAGACUGCAUAUGUGCAUUAGUGACCUUGACGCCAUGCUGUCAUCACUGACCAAAUACCCAGUUAUUUAUUUAUUUGAGAGUGGGGGAGAGAGGGCAGAGGAUGGGAUGUUUUGAAAGCACUUUGCAGCUUAUCAGUUUCUGAAAAUCCCCUACUGUGUGGGGAGAAGCUUCUAAAUGCACUGAAGAGAGUUCCUUCUGAGUGAAACGGGAGGGAAGAAGUGUUCUUUGUAAAUAAAGGAAAAGAAGAAUGAUUUGCUUACAUGGUGGAGACAAGAUUCAAGACACAGCAGAAGAGUGGGGGGCCAAUGUUUUCCACUUAAAUGAGGCUGUGAUUGACUCUCUCUGCCAAGGCCUUAGCGCUUUUGUUGAAUUAACAUAAAAGGGACAAGAGUCUAAAUAGUGAUGUUCUGUGCGCGUGUAACUCGUGUUCCAAACUGUAUUUCUACUUGCUGUUGUUCUUACACAGCCUAACAGUUCAUUGUCAUCUUUAAUAAACUAAGGAAAUGAAAUCCCGCCUUUCGUUUGCUUGCCUUGACUAUCAGGAAAUGGUAUUGAGCGUCCACUCUAAAGCAGGGCUGUCUGUGAAAAUGCAGAAGCUUCCUGUGUUGUAAUGUCAAGGAAACUGGAUUUGAAGAAGCAGGAAAAAAGGUGCCUUGUCCCUGACUUGUUACAUGACCUUGAGUGAGUCAUUUCAUCUCUUUGGACUUUUGUUUCUUCAUGUGUAAAAUGACGAGAUUGGACUAUGUGCUACAUAGUCCUUUCCAACACAUAGGAUGUUCCCCCAACCCAACCCCUUAGGGUAGCUAUUGCUUAAAGUGAGGUAAACCCGCCUCUUCACAACAUCAGAGUUGUCUCAGAUGCUUCAGUUCCCACUUCUGCACAUCGGCUCUGCCUCUGUCUCAUGCUCCUGGCCCACUGGAACCCUAGCUCCACCCUGCAACUUUCUGAACAUUUCCCCUUGGAUAUCCUUUGUCAUCUCCAACCAAUAUGUUUAAAACCAACAUUAAUAUAUUUUCCCCAAGCCUGACCACUAGUCACCUAGGUUUGAAAAUUUAGCCAUCUUCAGUUCUUUCCUCUCUGAGUCAGGAGUAUCUCCUUCUGACCCCCUGCCAUCAAGUUCUGUUGAGUUCUUUUCUUUACAUGUCUUGUUCCUUUUCCACCACUAGCACCUAAAUUCAGGUCCUUACCUCACAUGUCGACUCUCUCCAGCCAUGCCAUUCUCUUCCUAUUCACGCGUUCAUCAAAUAUUUGAGUACCUAUUAUAUGCCAGUUAGAGUCUUGUGGGGGAGACAGACAUGACCCAAAGUCACCAAAAUGGAUAUGUAAUUACACGCCUUAAUAAUAGCUAUUUAAAUAUCACAGGGGUCUCUAAUUUAGACUGGAGAGAGCAAGCCAGGCUUCUGAGAAUGUACUUUAACCAAGACUCAGAGAAUGAGCAGAAAUGAGCUAAGUUCAAAGUAGGGAUAAAAGGGCUCCAGGCAGGGAAUAACACUUGGGAAGGUCGGGAGACAGGAGGAUUUUAGAAAGAAAGACUUCAGAUUUCACUCUAAGAACGUUGGAAAGCCAUUGAAGAGUUAUGUUCAGAGGAUAACUGAUGUGGUCAACAUUUAAGUUCAGUGUUCACUUUGUGAGAAUGCACAGAGUGAAACGAGUAGAAGCAGUGGGAUGCACUUCUAGGGAGAUUGCGGCAGUACAUAGUGCAGUGAGAAAUUAUGUUGGUUUGGACUAGGGUAUGGCAUACCAUCAUCAUUACGGUCACCUCAGUAACCUCUAGAAAUAAGACACACGCCACAUGCUCUAACUCUGAGAUGUUUAAGCAGGGAACAAAGAGGAGGGGGUGCAGGGUAUUAGAAAGAGACUGGACUAAAUUACAGAAUCUAAGAAAUAUUAACAACUAAGUCUCAGGAAGGGCAAGACCAGGACAGCUCUGGGAAUCGCAGCCUCAGGCUUUACAGACCUUCUCUUGAGCCUGCUGCCAGCAAGGCAGUCCACAGAGUAUAGUUACGGCUGUGUUGAGGACUUACCCCCGAGUCACGGGGGCUCACCCCAAAGAGAGAGGAACCGGGUAGCCAACCAUGCUUAUUCAGCAUCUUCUUGGCACCAAGUAUGUGAUAGGUUUCUUAUACGCUGUAAUGGUAGGAGUAGGUGGGAUCUUUAUAGCGUCCUGGCUAAAGCAUCCUCAUAAGGUAAGGCCCAGCCCUGCUUCCUUUUCCCUUUGACCUUUUGAUUAAGUAUAUGAGAGGGACCAAUAUGGUUACCACAUCCUGCUGGCUCUUCUGCCCUGCUGGCUCUUCU